AUGUACAUCAGUGGUGACUCUGACACCAUGCUGGAUCCUGCUCCUUCUGUGGAGAUGGUGAAGGUUCUGGAAGACGACCCAUGUGGAGGAGUGGAGGAGACGUCCAGCCUGCAUCCAGCCCUCCAAGGCACUUAUCCUAGUGAAUCCUUGACUCAUUGUGUACUGUGUGAAGAAAAAGAUGGCAUCCUGUAUCUUAACUGUGAGGAGAGAAAUAUCAGCAAGAUCUCCCAAAUCAAAGUGCCGUCAGCUCUACCUUUCCACCUCAAUCUGUACAAAAAYGACUUGGUGGAGUUGCRKGCAGAAGACUUGGAAGRUUUAAAGAAUGCCGUUUCACUUCAUCUCGGGGCUAAUAGCAUACAAGAGCUUGAACCUGGSGUCUUUAGUGCACUGGGCUCCUUGAAGAAGCUCCACAUCAACAGUAAUUUCCUGGUCAUGUUGAAGGAAGACACUUUUCACGGCUUGGUAAAUUUGGAGUUUCUCCAGGCGGACACAAACUUCAUCCGYGUGGUCGAGCCGGGGGCAUUCAGCAAACUCAUCCGCCUCAAAGUUCUGAUCCUCAACGACAACGYCAUCGAGUUUCUUCCCAGCAAUAUUUUCCGGUUUGUUCCGCUCACCCACUUGGACCUGCGGGGGAACCAGUUACAGACCCUGCCUUAYGUUGGCUUCCUGGAGCACAUUGGGCGGAUCAUGGAGCUUCUUCUGGAGGACAACGACUGGAUGUGCGAUUGUGAGAUCCUUCACCUGAAGAUCUGGAUGGAGAACAUGCGGGCCCAGUCGGCCAUUGGGGAGGUGGUCUGCAGCAGCCCCCAMCASCUCAGGGGCACCAUCCURGCCAAAAUCAAACGGGAUGUUCUCUGCCCYUCUCACGCYGAUAUCAACUUAGAGGAGCCUUCCAAGUCACUGGACAUGGUGGUCACUCCGUCUUCCAAAGUGGCAGAGAUUCCGAAGUURGAGGRCGCCAAGGAYGACGYAAAGAUUCCGACACCUGCUUAUGUUCCAGGGAGUCCUUGUGUGGAMCACUGUUCUUGUCACAGUCACCCUGUGGCUGGGUUUUUAAUGCAUUGUCAGGACAGAGGRAUUCAACGGAUUUCAGAUAUUGGAAUACUUGRGCAAAGCCCYACCAAGCUGGUGCUCACAGGAAAYAUGAUUCAGAGACUGUUGAAAUAUGACUUKGUCACAUAUGAYGGUUUGGAGUUAUUGAAUUUAGCCAACAAUCGAAUYGAUUACAUUGACAAUGAAAYUUUUCUCAGCUUAAGCAAUUUGAAAAAACUUUAUCUCAAYGGCAACAGAAUUGAAACCCUUUCCGCRACCAUGUUCAUUGGACUCCACAACCUUGAAUACCUAUAUUUGGAAUAUAACAUUAUCARAGAAAUUGUUCCAGGAGCUUUUAAUCCUUUGCCAAAUCUCAAACUCUUGUCUUUGAAUAACAAUCUGCUGACUAGUCUCCCAUUGCAGAUAUUUCGCAAYRUGCCCCUCACCAAACUGAACCURAGAAAAAAUCUGCUCAUGCACCUGCCUGUUAGCAACGUGCUGGACCAGCUUGACUCUUUAGAGCAGAUUUAUUUAGAGGACAACCCCUGGGACUGCAGCUGUGACUUAGUCAGUCUCAAACAGUGGGUUGAGAAGCUGAGGAAGGACACAGUCGUAGGCUCCAUUUUGUGUCACACACCGAGAAAAGUGGCGAAGGCUGAGCUGAGAGCCCUCAGAAACGAGUUGCUGUGCCCCGGCCUAGUGACCUACUCCUUGCCCACGGACGUGGACGAGAGCGCGACAACCACAGUGGCGACUGACGGCACUAGGAGCGGUUUCUUCAGCUCCAUCACAGACUCAGUUCCACUCUCCGUUCUGAUCCUUAGCUUGCUCGUCACCUUCCUCAUGGUCAUCUUCUGUUCGGCGGGGAUCGUGGUUUUCCUCGUGCACAGACGGCGAAGGAGGGUGAAGAAGAAACAGGCGGAGGAGCAGCCGCGGGAGAGCAGCAGCCCCAUCCACCUGCAAUACAGCAUGUACGGCCAGAAAACCACACACCACACACUGGSGCAGAGGACCGGAAGCACCSUGUACGACGAGCGCUCACACAGCCCCAUCRUCCAGAUCUGCCGCAACCCCACCUACUGCACUCAGCAUAAAGAAUAUGAGWCCGACCUCAAUGAACUGGACGAACCAAAGCACAYCUGUCGUAGCAUCAUGGAGACAGAGAAUACUUCCCCUCUCACAGGCUCUAAUUUGAAGUUCAGAGCUGUGACGUCCGACUGCCCAACUGAGUUCGUAACACUCGGCGAUGCGAGCUCCCUCUAUAAAAACAUACUAGAGAGGGAGAGGGUUAGGGAGCUGCAGCAGCUCGGAAUUACUGAAUACCUCCGGAAAAACAUGUCCCAGCUGCAACCAACGGUAGAGAUGCAGGUCCCAGGAUCAGGACACCACGAGGAACUGAAAUUAAUGGAGACUAUUAUGUUGUCGAGACCGCGGAAGGUCAUGGUGGAACAAACGAAAAAUGAGUACUUUGAACUCAAAGCUAACCUACACACCGAGCCAGAUUAUUUGGAGGUUCUGGAGCAUCAAACUGCGUUUAACUGAUAGAAAAAUACAAUUCAUGGUUUUAUAUUCAACUCGAGAAGUGCCUUGUCCAAAACUGCCAUCUUAUAUUUUCACAAUCUAAGACCUACAUAUCCCACAGCGGUCUUGGACACACAAGUCAUUUGUAGCACAGAAUGUACUGUAUAAUUAUCUAUUUUUUUGUUAUUUUGUUUUCCUAUAGACAUACCGCACUUGAAGUUGCUGAUAUAACAGAUAUUUUGCCCAAAUGUAAUUAUCGGGAAGGCAAAUAGGUACUGCAGGGGUACGUUUUUGUUACCAGUUCAACUUAGAUCUUUGGCAGGCCUCAAUGUUUUCCAUCAGCUCUGUCAGGUUGUUUCCAUCAUAUGCCAUAAUCAGCAUGCUCAAAGUGCUGUAGACUUAACAAAAUGCCAACAUGUAUUCUGGGUCGCAAUGAUGGAGUGCACAUUAGUCCUGUCGUUCAUUAGAUUUAGCCCUUGCAUUAUUUCAAUACCACAUUUUGUAUUCCAACCAGUGGGAACGUGUUUAAACAAAUCCACUUUCUCAAGACAUAGCACUUAAAAGUCCCAGUGCAUAUAUAAAUCAUAUCUUGUAUCUGUAAAGAAAAAAUGCAUUGCACUAAUCAAAUGCCAUUUAAAAGAUGGUGCAUGACAAUCAACUUACUGUUCAACAACAGUUUCUGUGUAUCGUUGUUCCUUUCCUGCUACUGAAGGGGACACAACUACUGAUGUGUAUAAGAACCUUUUGUUUGAGUGUAAUUUUUACAAAUCAAAACCGACCAGUUUCUCUCAGCAUGAUAAAUGUUCAGGAUAUAUGCGUUCACUAUAUUAUUCUGAUUGAGUAAGCAACCCUGUUCAACUCUGAAAAUGUUUUAUGUGAACGUUAUUUUUUACCAAUGAAGAUUAAAUUAUUUAUUCUGUAAAUGUUGUAUAUAUGUUACACAUUCUAUGUUAUUUUGUGCCUUCAGUGUUGUGCAGGUGAACAUGUAUUAAAUGUAAAUAAAGAAUUGCAAUACUGCAAA